AUGAGUGUUUAUGUGAUACAUGUAGCAUUUAGUUGCUUUCCUGUCUUACUUUUUUACAGAUGGCCUCCAAUUGUCAGGUAUCCGUGUCCCGUGUACAGCGCAAAAUAUUUCCAUAGUGUUGUUUGUUUGCUGCUGUUCUUGUUUCCUUUUAUUAUAUUUCUCAACAGUGGUGCUCCGAAAGAAAGUAUGUGCGCUGGGCGGGAUUGUUCCCCAGCCUUAAAUGUGCUGGCUGGGCCUCCCACAGAUAAUGGAAAACAGCCCGCUUCUCUGCCGCCCGAUGCUGGCUGGAAAACACCGCCUACCGCCAUGGACGAUCAAUUUCUAUAUGGUGUUUACGUGCCACCAGCUGCUUACGGUAAGUUGCAUAAUAGGGGGAACCUAGACGAGUCAGCUGAAGGGUUAUUAUCGGUCCCCUACGGUGGGGCACAAAAGUGGGAAGGGGAGAACGAAUGGGAAACGAGUAUGUUGGGGGCACCUUGCAGUGAGCCACUGUUCUGCCUUGGUGCCUGUUGUUGCCCAUGGUGCUGUGCGUUCUUGCAACGGAAGAAGCUGUUGGAAAAUGAUUGGUCUCGUUAUUUGUGCUGUGCUGGAAUGUUUUGUGGAAGUAGGUGCUGUGUCUGCGAAGGCUGUGAGCCGUGCUGUUUGUGCCUGGAGUCUUGCUUUUGCCUUGCGUGUGCAGUUUACGGUAAUCGUUUCAUUAUUCGUAAGCACUACAAUUUGCAAAAUGAUUGUUGUGAUUCGGUCAUCAUUUGGUGUGCCUAUUUGUGCAGUUGUCUGGCUUGUCUACUGAACGAUGAAUCCCUUAAAACCAUUGCAGAUGUUUUCUUCUACAUUGUUAUUGGUUGCAUGUUAAGCCAGCAUCAACAUCAAAUGAAGAAACAAGGAUAUCCGUGGUGCAGAAUUAUGAAAUAG